UGGUAGGAUUCGCGAACCAGUUCUUCGUUACCUGCGUCUGAAAGUCCAGAUGUUAGUAGUUCAUACUUAGCGAACGAUAGAUGCCUUCAGCUAUCUAGGCAUCAGGUGAGGCCCAAGCGCUACUUCCCGCCUCACGACCAACUUAAGAUGCCAACGUCCCUUGCCAAGUAGCAACACCUCACCGACAAGUCAGUAAACCCAGCAUCGAUCAUGUCGCUACCGAGUGCGAGCGAUUGCAUUGUUAAAUCGCGACCCGGGGAGUCAACGCUGGACUCAAACACAAUUGAUAGUGCAUGCUUCAUUACGGGCCUCUCCACUGAUCUUAUCUACCUCAUUAUCGACUUUGUACCUCCCGAGUCACAUCUAGAUUUCGCAUGUACAUGCAAGAGAAUCGCGGCCUGCGCCAGCGGAACCCUAAAACGUCACCAGGAGGCUUACAGCAAGUACCGGGUUGCAUCAGAUAUCUCGCCAACUACCAUCCCACUAUUGCUACGUAGCGCAUUUGGACGCGCCGACCCAAUCUUGAUCUGGCAUGUUCGAUCUAUUGAGAUCUGGCAUGAUCGUACAAGCUGGCUGGACUGGAAAAUGCUCUGCUUCGACCAGCAACUGCACGAAGCGUGCACAAAUGUCGAUGGCACGUCGUGGAAAUGGCAGGACGACGAGAUCGAGGAGUAUCUUGAAGAUAUCGAAGAUCAGUUCGAUGCAAUGGUCGAAAAUGGUGACGAGGACAUCCGUGUGGAGGCCCGCGAUCAGGUCAAAGAUGGUUUUGACGGGAUUUUGAAAAUGCUUCUGAUCGCAUAUUGCCCACGACUGCAGGAUGUCAAGUUCAUAACGAAAGAGCAUCACAGCAAAUCGACGCUUGGCUGGCUCAUGAGGGUGAUUCAGGGCAGCAUCCUGUACGGCAGCCACUGGCCUCCCGGCCUUUGCAGCAUUCAAAAUGUCGCUGUCGGCGUCGUAUCAGAGACACGGAUGACAAUACCACCCACAGACGAUGUUUCGGACGCAUCAGACACGUCCAUGCAGGUCUUCUCUAUCUUGCUUCGUCUACGUCGACUCAGCUCGAUAUACUACAACGGCCUUGUGCGCCCAGAUGAGGAUGAUCCAAUAGAGUACGACUUUUCUACGCUGGUGCCACCACGUUCUUCUACUGUCAAGCACAUCUACCUCGAUGAUUGUGAUGACUUACCUUAUUCUUUCCGUCGCGCGCUUGUUCAAGCGCCGAUCGCACUCGAAACUUUCACACUUCGUGCUGGUACCAGUGCUCCUAAUCGAAUGGAAGAUGCCGACGCGCUUAUAAAUGGCAUCUGCUCUGAACAGUCCGCCUCUCUGCACACUCUUAUGUUCUAUGGCCCUUACAGCCAUCGCCAGAUCCAUGGGUACAGAUGCACUUGCUAUCGCAACGAGGAGCUCGAGAGGGCAAACAACCUCCAAACCGUCGCCAUCAACAUCUCAGACAUCGAGCUGGAUUGCAUGUACUUCUCGAGCGGAGAUGAGAGCAAGAUGGCCGAACAACGCAAAAGCUUCAUCAGGUGGUUUCGCGAAACAGCGUUUCCCAGCUCACUGGAGCGGCUGCUGCUCUGGGGGAAAGUUGAGGAGUAUUUCCUGACUCAGGCCAAGGGACAGUUUCUGGACUGGCUAGAAGACGCCCUCAUCGACGUCAUACAGUCGCAUCGCUGGAUGGAGGGCUGGGAUUCCGCCGACGAAGAGGAGUAUGACAAGCUUUCUGCCGCGUACGAGUCCUUCUACGGCAACCUCAAAGCUGUGUAUCUUGAAGACAUCGAGAGGCAGUACAGAAACUCGAGGCACCAGAACGGCGGGGCGUAUACUGAAAAAGUAUAUUUCCAGAAACUCGUUGAAGUGGGUAGAGAGGCGGGCAUCGACAUCCAUACCCUUACCAACCGCGUGCCAGCCAUGCACGAGCAUAGCUUCCCGACUGCGCCCGAUAAAUGGGAUCUGCAGUCGGGACCGUGGUGGGAGCGCAGAGGCGAGAUGAAGGAUUGGGUGUUUGACGUUUAUAAGGGGAUGAGGAUACCGCCCGGGUGUGGGAAGUGCGGGAAGUGCGAGCAGUGCUUGAGCAUGUACAGCGCCGAGCUGUGGGAUUCGUUGGACGUGUGAUUAUACCAUGCAGCUAGACAGUGUGCGUUUGCAGCCGCCCUGUCUGCGGGUCCUACAGGAUAACUUGUACUGAACGACACACUUAUCUUCUGACACCUCUAGUCAAAGCCCUGGG